AUGGUUGUAAUUUCAAAUUUUUAUGAAGGUAAAAAUGUAUUGAUUACAGGUUCAACAGGUUUUGUUGGAAAGGUCUUACUUGAAAAGAUGGUUAGAGAUUUACCAGGCAUUCAAAAGAUCUAUAUUAUUAUUCGUGGUAAUGCUAAAGAAAGAUUUAUCGACGAUAUUAUUGGCUCAAGAAUUUGGGAUUUAUUAAAAGCCAAAUUAGGCGGCGAAGAAGAGUUCAAUAAAUUAAUUCAUAACAAAGUUGUUCCAGUUUCUGGUGAUCUUUCAAAAGAAGGUUUAGGUUUAUCCCCAGAAGAUACUCAAACAAUUAUCGAUAAUGUUAAUGUCAUCAUUCAUUGUGCUGCUUCUAUUGAUUUUCGUGAACGUCUCGAUAAAGCCAUUCAAUCAAAUCUUUAUGCUUCAUUAAAUAUGUUGGAUUUAUCAAGAAAACUCAGAAAUAUUAAAGCAUACGUACAUUGUUCAACUGCUUAUGUUAAUUCAAAUCGUGAAGGUUGGUUAGAUGAAGAGCUUCCAGUUUUAGAUUUCAACCCAGAAGAGAUGGUAGAUCUUAUUAUGAAACAAGAUAUUCAAACAUUAGAACGUAUUACACCAAAUUUAUUAGGCGCUUACCCAAAUACUUAUACUUUUACUAAAGCUAUUACCGAACGUAUUUUAGCUUUAAAGCGUGGUGAUGUCCCAUUAUGUUUUGUUCGUCCAACUAUUGUUGGUGGUUCACUCAAAGAACCAGUUCCAGGUUGGGUUGAUUCCGUAGCUGCUAUUGGUGCUGUUAUGUUAUAUUGUGGUGUUGGUUUAGUUCAAUUUAUGAAAGGUGAUGGUCGUAUGGUUGCCGAUAUCGUUCCAGUUGAUCAUGUUGCAAAUGCUUUAAUUGCUGCCGCUGUCUCCAUGGAAAGUCAAAAUAGCUUAAAAAUUUUCCAAAUUGGUACAAGUCAUAGAAAUCCAGUAUUAUGGAAUAGAAUUUCACAUUAUGUAACAGAAUAUUGGAGAAGUCAUACACCAAAGAAAUCAGUUGCUAGAUCAUCAUUUUCAUUCCAUUCACACAUAAUGUAUGAAGCUCACUUUUUCAUGAAAUAUGGUAUUCCAUCAGCAUUACUUCAAGUAUUAGCAGUUCUUACUGGUAGUGAAGAUACCAAAACUAAAGCUGAAGGUUUCAAAAAGAUUACUAAAGCUGCUAGAUUAAUUUGCGAUACUUUUAAACAUUUUACUGGUCACGAAUGGGUCUUCUCUGUUCAAACAUUAGAAAAGAUUUUCCAAGAUCUCUUUGAUGGCGAAGAUAGAAUCAAGUUCAAUUGUGAUGCAGCUGAAAUCAAUUGGCAAUCAUAUUUCUGUUACUUCUGUUAUGGUCUUCACAAAUACGUUAUCAAAGAAGAAGGUGUUCGUCCACCAACUGAACUUUUAAACACAAGUAUCAUCACUAAAUCUGAAGUCAACCAAUCUGGUUUCUUCCAAUGGGUAUUUGCUGAUAUUAGUUGGGCAUCUACAAGUUAUCGUCAUGUUACUCAAACUCCAUUACCACCACGUGCUCCAACUGAAAUUCGUUCACUUGUUAUGAAUUCACCACGUGUUCAACAAGCUAUGGAAAAAGUUUCACGUGAAGAAGGUGUUUUAGUUAGUGAAAUCGAAAAGAGAGCCAGUCAAAUCAUGGAUAGAAUGCAAUCAAAUCUUAAUAUUAUGGUCGUUAGAGUUUUAGGUUGGUUCUUAAAGAAAGUUUGGAGAAAGAUUUAUCAAGGUAUUCAUGUCGACGAAAAAGGUAUCGAAUUAAUUCGUGAAGCUAUCAAAAAAUCACCAGUAGUUCUCAUUCCAUCACAUCGUUCAUACAUUGACUUUUUAAUCAUCUCUUACAUCUUCUUUGAAUACAAUCUUCCAUUACCACAUAUUGCUGCUGGUGAAGAUUUCCUUUCAAUCAUCAUUGUUCGUUGGUUCUUUAGAAAUGCUGGUGCCUUCUUCCUUCGUAGAACUUUCCAUGGUGAUUCACUUUACUGGGCUAUUUUCUCUGAAUACGUUCAACGUUUAGUCAUUGAUAAUCAACCAAUGGAAUUCUUUAUUGAAGGUAAACGUUCUCGUACUGGUAAAUCACUUCAUCCAAAGAUGGGUCUCCUUUCAAUGGUUUGCCAACCAUAUUUUGAAAAUCGUGUUCAAGAUGUUCACAUUGUUCCAAUUGGUAUUUCAUACGAAAAAGUAUUAGAAGGUGAACUCUAUUCUAACGAAUUGAUGGGUGAAUCAAAAACUAAAGAAAGUCUUAAUGGUCUUUUACGUGCCUCAAAAGUUUUAAAGAUGAACUUUGGUCGUAUCAAUGUUGUUUUUACUCCACCAAUCUCUGUUAAACAAUAUACCGAACAAAAAGUUCAAGAAGUUGCUUCACAACGUCAUCUUCCAGCACCAGCCCUUCCAGCUCCAUCAAUUCUUUCAACUCCAGCUUCAAUUGCACCACCAUCAAGCACAAAGAAUAGUAAUAUCAGUGAAGGUGACUUUGAAAUCAAUUUCAAUAAACCAGACAGUCGUGCUACUGGUGCCAUCUAUGAUCCAUUCAACAAUAAUGGUGAUCGUCGUUCAUUAAUUUCAGAUCUUGGUUAUCAAAUCGUUCGUGAUCUUAACAAAUCAAUCAUCAUUACUACCACCUCAGUUGUUGCCACUAUUCUUUUAUCAUUCCGUCGUGGUAUCAAUCGUGAAGAACUCAUUACCAAAGUCGAAUGGCUUCGUGAAGAAAUUUUCGCUCGUGGUGGUGAUGUUGCUUUUGAAGGUCCAUCAGAUGCUUUAGUUGAUCACUCAUUAAAACUUAUCAGCAAUCUUGUUUCAAAGAGAAGAAAUAUGUACGAGCCAGGAUCAGCCCAAUUAGGUGUUACAAAUAAAAACUAUAGAAAGAAUGUUUUAGUCUUAAACUUUUAUAGAAAUCAAUUAUUACAUCUUUUCCUUUGGGAUGGUUUGGUUUCACUUGUCAUUUUAUCAAUCUUACAAACUAGAGAUCAACAAUCAAAUGAAAACAUUUUAAAUACCAACAAUGUUAACAACAAACAACCAAAAGAUACAGUUUCUGAAGAAACCAUUAUUUGCGAAGUUAGAUUUUUAGCUAAAGUUUUAUCAAUCGAAUUUGUUAAUCAACCAGGUUAUGAUACUGAUGAAUUUAUUAAAGGUCAAAUCAACCGUAUGGCCAUCAGAGGUAUCAUCAAUAAAGAACAAACCAAUGAACAAACUUUCUAUGGCGUCAAAUCAGAAGGUGCUUGUAGCUUCUUUGCUAAUCUUUUCUAUCCAUUAGUUGAAGGUUAUUUAUCAGGUAUUCUCACUUUAUUCUCAAUCCAACCAGAAAUGAUGAUCAAAAAGAACCAAUUCCUUCAACGUAUGGGUUGGUUUGCCGAAAAAAUGUUUGAAGAAGGCAAAUCAAACUUUUAUGAAUCUUGCUCAAUGGAAAUUUUAGGUAACAGUUUACAAUUAUUCGAACAAAUGAAAGUUAUUCAAAGAAAGAAAUUAGAAGAACAAGUCGGUAAAAGAACUACUCGUUCAAGCAAUGGAAACAAAAAACAACAAAAGAAACCAACAAGAAGAGAAAGAAAACAAGAACCAGAAGAAUACAUUAGAUUAUUACCACCAUAUCAAGAUAAAGAUGGUUUAUUAAAAGAAUUAACUGAAAGAUUAUCAAAAUACAAGAAAUCACCACAAACCAAACAUCAACUCAAUGAUUUAAGAAGAACCGUAGUUGAAGAUUUCCCAUUAUUAUCUUCAAAACUUUAAAGCAACAACAAAAAAAAUAUUAUAUUUCCCACAAACUUUUAAAUUUAAAACAAAUAAAACUAAUAAAUUAUUAAAUU